AUGGACUGCCCUCGUUAUAAUGGGAGGAUACGAGUUUUCCACUCCACAGCCUCAACAUUCUUUGCACCAAGCAACCUGAGUGGAAUCGGCGGGAUGAAAUGCGAGCACAUUCGCGUGUCCCCCAGAUGGAGAAAUGAAUAUGCAUGCAAAGAUUGCGUGUUUGUUAUUACUGACCUGAACGUUCCUGGAAUGCAGGGUAUGGACAUUGCCCAGGUACUAACAUUUUUUUCCUUUCGAUUAAGGGGAGUAUAUUAUCCAUGUGCAGUCGUUCGGUGGUUCAACCGAAUCGAUGACACGCCAGAUGAAGAUACUGGGAUGUGGAUGGUGUCACCAUCUUUUAAUGGUAAUCAUGCACACUAUGUGGUGAUUCAUGUCGAAGCUAUUUUUGUUCUGCACAUCUUAUUCCGGUCUACAGUACUGAACUGCUUCCCUUGUUAG